GUAGCAGCGAAACUAUGAAACAGUUUUAUUGCAAGUGCACAAACAGGUAAUGUUCCAGUACAAGCUGAAUGAAGACUUUGCCUCAGAUAAUCCUACUUUCCUUAUAUAUCUAUUUUAGUGAACGAUUUGUGGGCUUGCUGUUUAGGGGCGAUCUUUAAAAUCGGUAUGUUUCUUUAUACAUUAUAAGAUUUAUCAGCGUCUGAAGAGCAAGAAGCGCUAAGACCUAAAGGUGGUGACUCCUUUGAGCCUGCGAUGCCUGGAGCUGAGCAGUCACAGGCGCUUUUCCACAGGCCCGCGGUGUAGGUGCCCAUCUGCUCUGAGGUGCCGCAGGAGCGUCGCUGCCAGAGAUGGGUUUGUUUCUGUUCUGGGGCCUGUGAGUCUGAGAGUCACACCCUCCAGCAACUUCAAGUUUUGAUUUUGGACUUUCCAGAGGUUGUUCCUUUCUCUCGCCAAGGGAAAAGCUGGUUUUCUCACACAGGAUGUCGCCUUUUUCUUUGUUCCGUUUUUUUCAGCUCAGCAAGGCUCCUUCUUUGCAUGGGCACCAGGUGUGGAAUUUCUCCACCACAAUGAUCACCGGGUUCGUGGACUACUUCUACUCCUUUUACCUCAAGCUCACGGGCGGCAGCAGCCCCAUUAAUUUCAGCUACCGGAGCAAUCACCUCAGCCGCUGCCGUGACAUUACGCGGCCCCUGAUCAGGUUUCGUUCCGGCCGCGCCGCAGCUCCGAGCCCGGCCCGCCCGCCCGCCGGCCGCGCGCGCGCCCGGAGCGCUGAGGCGGCUGCACCGCGGCGCCGGAAGGAGACUGCUCGCCAUGCCAAAGUUACGAAAACCUCAAGGAGGGAAGCAAGAGAAAAAAGUUAUCCAUCCCUACAGCAGAAAAGCUGCACAGCUUGCAAGGGAAGUACACAAACAGGAAAAGAAAGAAAAGUUGAAGACUGACAAAGCUUUGCGUUUAAGUAUUAUUGGAGAAAAACUGCAAUGGUUUCAAAGUCACCUUGAUCCCAGUAAAAUCGAGUACACAAAGAAGGAAGCUGGUGAACUAAUUGAAAAUUAUAUGUGUCGAUUCAAUGCUGAAUUGGAGCAGAUUGAAUUACAAAACAGUAUUAAAGGCAGACAAGGAAGACAGCAUGGUUCACGGGAAACUGUCAUCAAGCAGACAAUAGAACGUGAAAGACAACUCUAUGAGGGCUAUGGAAUAGAAAUUCCAGACAUUAUGAACAGAAAGCAUCUUAAAUUUUUCAGAGAAUGGGAUGGUGAUCUGAGGAAACUGCCAAACAUCAAAAUGAAAAAGCUCUCAGCUAAGGAUGCUGCCUGCAGUCACCCUGAGGUGACAGAUGCAAAAGCAAAAGAAGACUUGAAUGAAGAAGAAGAGGUGGGCCCUGACGAGCACCAGCUGAUUCAAGAGCUGAAAUAGUGAAGGGAAUUGUAAGAAACCUAUUUUAAUUUUCACUGGAAACAAAAAUAAAAUUUAACUAUAUUUCUAAA